AUGGUCACUUGCUACGAUCGCAAUGGAAAUGAGGACCCAACUCGCUUUCCCUGCUCAGCGGACGGAGACCCCGCCCAGUGCUGCGACGAGGGCGACUACUGUGCCACCAACGGUCUCUGCAUUCGCCCAAGGGACAACGGCGAUGUUGGCUACUUCCAAAACACCUGCACUGACCCGGACUGGAUCAAUGGCUCUGUCCCAACGUGCCCGACCCAGUGUGCCGAAAUCCGGAAUGCUGGAAACGGCGUGACGACCUGCGGCAGCGAGAAAUUCUGCUGCACCGGGUUCAGCGGCUGCGACUGCAACAACUCCACCCAGACAUUCUCCAUGGAAGCUGUCGUUCGAGCCAACACCCAGACCGUUGGACCGGGCAGCCUCCCCACCUCAUCAUCAACGCCAAGUCCAACCUCCACUCCCUCACCAACACCCUCCCCAUCAGAAGGCGACUCCAGCGGGGGGAGCAAUAACCUCGGCGUCGGCCUGGGUGUCGGGUUAGGCGUGGGGAUCCCACUGGUCGCAGGCGCGCUCUUUGCAUUCUGGUUCUUCCGUCGACGAAAGCGCAAUGCCGUCGCUGGGGCCGCGUCAGGGCCCAUGGAGAACUUCACGCCGACGCCGCAGGAUAAGCGAUUCGUGCAGCAGCAGCAGACUGCUCCUAUCCCGCCGCAGGAGUUGCCUUCGGAGGAAUAUGGGCAGGUUCGGACGCGGGGGCCUCUCCAGGAGAUGCAGUGA